UGAAAUAAUUAAACAUUUCAACUAGUUGAUCAAUGAUAGGUUAACCGUUGAAACAUACACACUUCAUCCCACAGAACACUUUAUUCUUAUCUUCAUCCUAUUGUGGUAGUGAAGAAAAGUUAAUGCUUUGAGCGGAUUGGUACAUCAUCAGUGACACAGAACAAAAAAAACCGUUAUUUCGGGAUCGGCUCAUUCCGUAAAUUUCUUUGACAGAUAAAUAUUUUUGAAGUUUGAGGUUAAAUGUUAAAUGAAUGUGAUAUUACUGAAAGGCACUAAGAUUGAGGAUGAAAAAUUUGGGUCCAAAAUGAAGGCACAACAUUCAUCAAUUACUGAUACUGAUGAAACAUUAGGGUAUGACAAAAACAAUAGUAAAUCACAGUUGCAUGAUGAGAGUUCAUCAUCCUCCACCCUCUCUGCGGUAUCUUUAAGUGCGGAGUUAGGAAAUGAUUCAUUUGAGCAUGUUCCAAUCGAAACACCAACAAACAAAGUAACCCCUACUGUUGAGGAUGCUACAAGUAGCAAACUGCCAAUAGGAAGAAUAUUCGUUUCAAAAAAUAUUUUUAAAUCGGUUCCCACAGAAGUCCAUGGAUGUCCUCUGUUGGCUCCAGUUCAUAUGGACGGAAGUAUAGCAACUUCUGUGGAUAAUAUUGAGACAAGAAAUAAUUGUACGGAAAAACAAUACCGAAUGUUGUUACCCAAAGGAGUUCCAGUUUUAUAUACCACAAGGCAUUCUAGCAAUGCCUGUUCACAACCUUUGAUUCUCUGUAAAAUUGGAGAUAAAAGCAAUCUGAGGCCAGUGCCAGGUACUGUGGUGAAGGAAAACAAUAAAAUUACUCUACCUUGCCCUGAACAGAAGGUUGAGAAUUACCAUUGGUUGCAAAAUGAUCACGAUUAUCCCAAAAGAAUUGACUUUCCUAACGGUGUCAAAGUGAUUCAAAGGUCUUUUAAUUUCCCCAAAAAGCAAAUAAUAAGAGGACAUAGGGUGUAUGUUCCAGACCGAGAAAGCAAAAAAGUCGACAAUGUUGAUAGAAGCAGUGGAAAAAAAAUAGAGUAUCGGCUGAAUGUCAAUGGAAUCAUGGCUGUCACUGAUGAACAAGAUCCCCUUUAUAUACCCAAUCAGCAAGAAAAAACGGUCUUACCAUGCACCAUGCUGAAAAAAAUUAAAAACCCAUUUGUGACUCCCAGCCAAGUGAAUGAUAAAAGAAAAAAUGAUAAAAAAUUUUCGAUCUGUUGUACAGUUUUACCCGAUUCUAAAGGAACAUCUUCGUCUAUUCCUCUCGAUAAACAAACUUUGGUUGAGUCGAAAAAAACCAAGGUAGCCUCUACGAAAUCGAUGAAUUCCGAACAUUCGAUCGUGAAAAAUUACGCAGUUCAAAAUAAAAUACCGAGGAGAGAAAAAAAACACACGAAUGUCGAUAAUUCCAAAUUCGCCGUCGAAAAAUCUAACGAUUCGAAUUCAGUUUAUUUGAACAAGGUGCUGCUUGAAUGUACGCCGGCAAUUAAUUCUGAUUACUGUAGGAAUUUCUUCAUAAAAAAUUCUGCAUGGGAUUAUUUGGAGCCCGAAUUCAAGGGAUUCAAUGAAAGGGAAGAAAUUAUUUCCAAAUCCUGUUUUGGAUUUUUUACUAACAUGAUGGAUAAUUUAAGGAGGAAAGAAUGUCAGCCAGAGACUUAUACCGUAAAUGAUCUUUUUUAUACAAGAAAAAUAGAGAUGUUAGAUAAAGAAGGAAGACUGAAAAAAGUAUUGAUAAUGCCUUCACAAGAUGAAGUUGCAAGAAAAAGAAAAAUACUACCUCCGCCAUUUAUUUACCCUCCAACUAAGAAAUGUAAAAUAGUUCUGGAAAAAAACGAAAUUGUAGAAAACCAAGUGAAACUUUAUAUGUUGGGAAAGAAACUAAAUUCAUAUAUACUUCACGCACUCGCUUUUUCGAAAAGUGAUGCGCUCAAACCACUCAUUAUUUUGAAUAAACAUAAUUGCAAUGUUCUCAAGGUGAAUGAGAUUUUGUGUAAGCAUUCAAAUAUUAUUUAUGUGAAAAACGCCGAGGACAAAUUUCCUGAGAGACUACUGAGAAAUAAGUUCGUGGUUAGUCAGAUUCAACAAAGGACUAUUAAGUUAAUUUCUCCAAAUGCAUUGAGAAAUUUUUUUAUGUGAUAAUAAUACAUACGCUUUUUGUUACAGUUUGAAUUUUUCUUUACUGUUGAACAUAUGUAUAAAAGUUGUUUUUUUCAUCAAAGUAGGCGUGAUUCCUCAUUUAGGAAAAAAUUCUGCAGAAAUUGCAGUGUGAAACUUUGUAGAAAACCUUUUUAUUUAUUGCGAUUCUUUUAGUUUUGCCAUUUUGAAAAAGUGAAAAAAUAUGGUUCCGAACAUUACUAUUUAGGUGUUUUUUUAUUGAAAAAAGAUGGAAUUUUUCAGCAGUAUUUUCUCAGAAAAUGUAACUGUGACCAUUUCUGUUAUAUUAUUUUUGUAAAUAUAUAAUAAUAUACAUAUAUCUGUGUA